AUGGAAGAAUAUGUAGGCACUGGUGUACUGGACCUUAUGAAGGAAACUGGUUCUUGGCUCAAUAUACUUUUUGGCUUCGAGCUGAAGAAAGUACAAAAAGUUGGUGCACAGUCUCCAACAGUGGCAGAAGUGGCAGACGUGCUAGAAUUCUCAGCCAAUGGGAUUUGGAAACGUUGUUCAUAUUUUGAGUGUGUCAAGGGACCUGGUCCAUUGACUGAUAGUGGAAGCACAGAUUCUAACAAGUGGUAUUUAAACAGAAGGGCUGCUGCACUCAAUCUGGAAGAGGCCCAGUCUUCGACUCGACCUCUUCGGUUCAAUGGUCACUUCUAUUGCUGGUGGAAAGUUAUAAUGCAUGAUUUCCUUAUGGCUGAAGAUAGUGAACUAUGGGAUAUUGUCCUUGAUGGACCAUUUUUUCCUACGAUUGAAGAAAAAGAUGGUGAAAUCACUAGACUUGUUCCAAAGCCUAGACGAAAAUACGAUGAAGCUGACAGGAAAAAUAUUGAAAAGGGCUACAAAGCAAAGAAGCUUCUUGUAUGUGGUAUAGAACCUAAUGAGUUCAAUCGUGUCUCAGCUUGUGAAUCGUCAAAGGAGAUUUGGUAUUGUUUAAAAAUAGCUCAUGAAGGAACUAAACAAGUAAAAGAGUCAAAGAUCGAUAUGCUUACCUCUCAGUAUGAAAAUUUCAAAAUAAGAGAAGGUGAAACCAUUCAUGAGACGUUCACAAAGAUGUCAUCAAUCACAAAUGAGUUGAGAAGUCUUGGAGAACUCAUCAGUAUGAGCAAGAAGGUCAGGAAAGUUCUUCGAAUCCUUUCCAAGUCCUGGCAAAGCAAGGUGGAUGCAAUCACUGAAGCAAAAGAUCUGAAAGUUCUGAAGAUUGUGAGAAAAAACAAGGGAUUCAUAAAGGGAGCAAAUGUUCCUCGAACUGCAACUCGAAAUGAUACUUGUCACAAAUGUGGAAAGGCUAGACAUUUUAUAAGAGAUUGUCCAUCACUCAAAGCUGAAAACAAAGAAUAUCAAAGACCAAGAGGCGAGAAAGAAAACCGCAGGGACCUGGUACUUGAUAAAAGUGAUCAAAAAGUUGCAGCUGAUUAUGUGGUCAAGAAAGCUCUUGCUACAUGGGGAGAUUCUUCAAGUGAUUCAGAAGACUUUGAUGAACCUAAUGAUGCAUCAAUGUCAGAUGAUGAAAAUACUGAGGAUAAGGUGAGUGAGAGGAGGAGCAUUCAAUGUUGGUACAGGGAUAGUGGAUGCUCCAAACAUAUGACUGGAGAUACAAAAAACUUCCACUCGCUCAAGGCACUUCAAGGUGGAGGUGUCUCUUUUGGUGAUGGAAAGAAGGGGUAUAUUUUAGGUAUUGGUGAAGUGGGAAAAUCUCUUGAAGAAUCCAUUGACAAUGUGUACAAUGUCAGUGGGCUGAAGUACAGUCUUUUGAGUGUGUCUCAAAUUUGUGACAAAGGGAAUGAAGUAAAGUUUACAUUUGAGGAGUGUACUGUAGUCAAUCUGACCACAAAGAAAGUGAUUCUCACAGCUCAAAGAUGUAAAAUCAUGUAUGUGGCAAACUUGAAAACAUCUCAUGGAGAUGAUCUGACAUGUCUAAGUGCUCAAAAUGAAAAUGCUGAUCUGUGGCAUUGGAGACUAGGUCAUGUGAGCUCAUCUCUAUUGAAUAAGCUGAUUUCUAAGGACUUGGUACAAGGUCUGCCAAAGCUGAAAUUUUGUGAAAGUAAAAUCUGUGAAGCAUGUGUCAAAGGAGAACAGAUUUGA